GAAGCCAUUGGUGUUUAUAACGAUGCCAUUCAGGUAGUGCAAUCACAAACCUCGCUUAAUAAAAAACUAGCUAAAUUGGGCCAUAAUCAUGAUCAUAGUCAUGAAAAGUUGGGCGUUUCACCUGUUAGCGAAAACACUCUUUAUUCAGGACAGUUGGUUGCUAUUUUUGUUUUAGAAUUUGGUAUUAUUUUCCAUUCAGUCUUUGUCGGUCUUUCUUUAACAACCUCUGGUGAUGAAUUUGUUACUCUUUAUGUUGUCAUUGUUUUCCAUCAAUUCUUUGAAGGUUUAGGUUUAGGUGCCAGAAUCGCCUGUAUGAAAUGGCCCGAAAGUAAAAAACUCACUCCAUACCUAUUGGCUAUAGCCUAUGGUUUAACCACUCCAAUUGCUGCUGCCAUCGGUCUUGGUGUUAGAACUUCCUAUGUUCCAGGUUCUAGAACAUCUUUAAUUGUCACUGGUAUGUGCGAUAGUAUCUCUGCUGGUAUUUUGUUAUACUCUUCAUUGGUCGAAUUGAUGGCUCAGGAAUUCUUAUAUACAACUGAAUUUGACAACUCUCCAAACAAAAAAGAUGGGUUGAAAAAAUUAUUAGCAGCCUACGGUUUAUUCAUCGCUGGUACUGCUCUUAUGGCAUGUUUGGGAAAAUGGGCAUAA